AUGGCCGACGCAAUGCCGGACGACGACUGGCUGCGCAUGGUCGAGGAGGACCAGGCGCAGCUCGAUGACUGCCCGAUGGACGAGGACGAGUACGUGCCGGAGGACGCAGCGCCCGCGGGCGCCCAGGCCAGCCCAGGAGUCCGAGAUGGCGACGAGGAUCUCGCGGGCCCUUCUGGCUCGGCGCCCGAGCCCCGGGACGGCGCACCGGCGGAGGCGCGGGGCGGGGACGUGCGGCCCAGGCCGGGCGCCGCACCGGGGCUCGGGCCAGACGCGCCCAUGGAGGAGCAGGAGCUCGCGAACUUCGACCACGAGCACCUCGUGGCCACGCAGCGCGACCAGGACCUGCGGUUCCUCGCCGGCGACGGCCCCUCCCUCGCCCCCCCGGAGGCGUCGGGGCUCUCUCUGUGGCUGCGCAGGACACCGCAGGCCACACCGAGCAGGUCCGCCGCGGCGAUCCCGUCCCAGAAGGCCCUGGUCACGGUCACGGUGGAGUCCGGGGACCGCGUGUACUGCGCGCUCGACGACGGCGCCGCGCCGGUUGCGCUGGCCGACGUUCGCACAGUGCUGCGGGCUGAGAAGGGAGGGCGGCUGCUGUCGCGGCCGAUCGCGGAGCUGAUCAAGGACGCGGAGGAGUCCCAGCUGCAGCGCUCGCAGGCCGCGGCGGAGGCGGCGCGCCGCGCGGCCGCCGAGGUGGCGCCGGGGACCCCUCCGCAGCGUCGCGAGGGGGGCUCCGAGGCCGGCGACGCGGCCCUGGACGACGGCGAGGAGCCGGAGAGCACGCAGGGGCGCAGGCUCGCGUGUGCGCGGCUGUGGGUGGACAAGUACUCCCCGCGGACCUUCACGGACCUGCUGUCCGGCGACGCUGUCAACCGCGGGGUGCUGGCGUGGAUGCAGUCGUGGUCCGGGUGCGUGUUCGGGCGGAAGCCGUCGCAGGCGCAGGUCGACCUCGGCGCGGGCGUCUCGCAGGCGGCCGCGAAGCUGGCCGACAAGCACCGCGGGGGCUUCCGCGCGGGCGCGCCGCCGCGGCAGGCGCCGGAGCACGCGAGCCUCGACGCGCACGGGCGGCCGCCGCACAAGGUGCUGCUGCUGGGCGGGCCGCCGGGCCUGGGGAAGACGACGCUGGCGCACACGGUGGCGGCGCUGUGCGGGUACAAGGCGGUGGAGAUCAACGCGUCGGACGACCGGUCGGCCACGGCGCUGACGCAGCGGGUGCGCGACGCGGCGUCGAUGGGGUCGGUGGACGGCGACAAGCGGCCCGCGUGCAUCAUCGUGGACGAGAUCGACGGCGUGGUGGGCUCGGAGGGCAACAGCGCGGUGCGGGCGCUGCUCAAGAUCGUGCAGGGUGGCGGCGGGAAGGGGGAGGGCGGCGCGGAGGAGGCCGCGGGCGCGGAGGGCGGCGAGGGGGCGCGGCGCGCAGGAGCAGGCGCGGUGCUGCGGCGGCCGAUCAUCUGCGUGUGCAACGACCUGUUCGCGCCAGUCCUGCGCCCGCUGCGCGAUGUGGCGCGCGUGUUCAAGUUCACGCCGCCUGCCGCGGGGCGGCUGUCGUCGCGGCUCAGGUUCGUGUGCGAGCGCGAGGGGCUCCAAACGGAGCCGCGCGCGCUGUCGCUGCUGGCGGAGAAGUCCGGGUGCGACGUACGGACCUGCCUCAACACGCUGCAGUUCCUCCAGCGCCGCGGGCAGGUCGCGCGCGUGUCGGAGAUCCGCGGGAUGGCCUUCGGGCACAAGGACCAGUCCACGACGGCGUUCGCGGUGUGGGAGUCGCUCACGACGACGCUCCGCACCCGCCGGCACGACCUCCGCGGCGCCCCCGAGGCGCAGGCCGCGCAGCAGCGCUACAACGACCUGAUGGGCUUUGGCGAGCACGACCUGGUGCUGAGCGGGUGCUUCGAGAACCUGCACCGCACGCGCGACGCCGACGCGCUCAUGGGCCGCCAGCUCCAGGCCCUCGAGGACCUCACCGCGGCCGACGCGUUCCAGGCGCGCGCCCGGCGGUCGGUCGAGUUCCACCUGCUGGCCUACCUGCCCGCGUUCGCGCUGUCGUACCGCGCGCGCGUGGCCGGGCCCGAGCGCAUCCACGUGCAGUGGCCCAAGGCCGAGACCGAGGCGCGCCGGCGCCUGGUCGACCACCGCGGCCUGCUCGCGUCCUGGAUCCCACGCUGCGCGCCCGCCGCAGUGCAGCGGCACCCGCUGGGCGCGAUGGCGCUCGAGGUCGUGCCCGCGGUGCUCCUCAGCCUCGCGCCGAACAUCCGCCCCGUCGCGCGGGACCUCCUCAGCCAGCCCGAGCGCGCCGCCCUGGCGUCCACCGUCGACACCAUGCUCUACCUCAACCUCGCGCUGGCGGAGAACGCGCACCCGGUGCCGGAGGCGCUCGGCGCGUCGAACACGUUCCUCGCGCGCACCAAGCAGUUCGCGGGGCGCAAGCGGUCCUCGGGGGGGUUCUACGCCGCGGGCGCGGGCGGGAGGCGCGAGCUGUGUACGCCGCUGGCGCUGGAGCCGGCGAUCGACACGCUGCACUGCUACAACGGCACGGCGGCGACGGCGCGCCCGAUCGCGCCGACUGUGCAGCAGAUCGUCAUGGCGGAGCUCACGGCGGAGCGCAUCCGGCGGUCGGCCACCGCGCAUGGCGUCACGGAGGGCGACGCGCCGCCGGCCAGCCGGGACGGCGCGCGCGGCGGGCAGGCGAGCAAGCAGGCCAAGCCAGGCAUGAUGCUGACGCUGGAGGACCGCAUCAAGGCCGGCGGCGUCGCGCCCGCGGUGCCCAGGUCGGCGCCGCGGCCACAGAACUGGCUGCAGACCCUGCAGCAGGGGCGGGCGGUGCGGAAGCGCGCAGCUGCCCGCGAGAGCCUCGGCGGCGAGCAGGGGACGCCGUCGGCGGCGUCGGCGCGGCGCUCGGCGCGGGCGCAGGUGGUGUACAAGUACCACGAGGGGCUGACGAACGCCGUGAAGUGGCCGCUGAAGAUGGCGGACCUGCUCGCCGGGCCGGGCGGGGAGCGUGCCGCGAAGCGGCGCAAGGCGUAG